ACCUGCUAGAGCUCAUCACAGCCCUGCACCAACUCACCCAGUACCCUCUCCCCCGUUCGCCUUCUUUCCCCUUUUCCCCUCCUCUGUCUGCAUCCUCCACCUGCCCCUACUUUUGCAUCUGACCAGAGGACGAAUGAGGGAGACGUUCCCGCAAAUUGGGGCAGCAACUUUCCUCUGCUGGUCUCUGGGCUCAGGAACAGGAGCGCGCUGAUCCUCCGCGGUCUGCGGCCGAUGGAGGAGGAGGAGGAGGAGCGGUGAUGGGCUAGCGACAGAAGCGAGGAGCCCCGAGCGAGCUCAGCCUUGCCAGCCAGCUCCGCGUUUCCACGCGGGUUUCCUCGACCUCGCUCUGGGGACAGCGUGCAGAGUGCGGACCCGGAGCAUCCAGAGAGGAUGAGGUGGGGACCUGGCCCAAGGGGGGUGCAUCUUGCGGGCGUGAGGCAGCGGCUGUGUCUCGGCAUGAAUUAAGAAGCUAGGAAGAUGGAGCGCGGCACACUCGUCGCCCAGCCUGGGCUCUGGACCAGGGACACCAGCUGGACACUCCUCUAUUUCCUCUGCUACGUUCUCCCCCAGAGCGCCCCGCAAGUACUCAGGAUCGGAGGGAUUUUUGAAACUGUGGAAAAUGAACCUGUUAAUGUUGAAGAAUUAGCUUUCAAGUUCGCAGUCACCAGCAUUAACAGAAACCGAACCCUGAUGCCUAACAUCACAUUAACCUACGACAUCCAGAGAAUUAACCUUUUUGAUAGUUUUGAAGCCUCACGGAGAGCAUGUGACCAGCUGGCUCUAGGUGUGGCUGCUCUCUUUGGCCCUUCCCACAGCUCCUCCGUCAGUGCCGUGCAGUCCAUCUGCAACGCACUCGAAGUUCCGCACAUACAGACCCGCUGGAAACACCCCUCGGUGGACAACAAAGACUUAUUUUACAUCAACCUUUACCCAGAUUACACAGCUAUCAGCAGGGCGAUCCUGGACCUGGUCCUCUAUUACAACUGGAAGACAGUGACUGUGGUGUAUGAAGACAGCACAGGUCUAAUUCGUCUGCAAGAGCUCAUCAAAGCUCCCUCCAGAUAUAACAUUAAAAUCAAAAUCCGCCAGCUGCCCUCUGGGAAUAAAGAUGCCAAGCCUUUACUCAAGGAGAUGAAGAAGGGCAAGGAGUUCUAUGUGAUAUUUGAUUGUUCACAUGAAACAGCCGCUGAAAUCCUUAAGCAGAUUCUGUUCAUGGGCAUGAUGACCGAGUAUUAUCACUACUUUUUCACAACCCUGGACUUAUUUGCUUUAGAUCUGGAACUCUAUAGGUACAGCGGCGUAAACAUGACUGGGUUCCGGCUGCUUAACAUCGACAACCCUCACGUGUCCUCCAUCAUUGAGAAGUGGUCCAUGGAGAGGCUUCAGGCCCCACCCAGGCCCGAGACUGGCCUUUUGGAUGGCAUGAUGACAACUGAAGCAGCUUUGAUGUACGACGCUGUGUACAUGGUGGCCAUCGCCUCCCACCGGGCAUCCCAACUGACCGUCAGCUCCCUACAGUGCCAUCGACACAAGCCAUGGCGCCUUGGACCCAGAUUUAUGAACCUGAUCAAAGAGGCUCGGUGGGAUGGCUUGACGGGGCCUAUCACCUUCAAUAAAACCAAUGGCUUGAGGAAGGAUUUCGAUCUGGACAUUAUUAGUCUCAAGGAAGAAGGAACUGAAAAGAUUGGGAUUUGGAAUUCCAACAAUGGGCUUAACAUGACGGACGGCAACAAAGACAGAUCCAACAAUAUCACAGAUUCACUGGCCAACCGAACACUCAUUGUCACCACCAUUCUGGAAGAGCCCUAUGUGAUGUACAGGAAAUCCGAUAAGCCCCUGUAUGGAAAUGACAGAUUUGAAGGAUAUUGCCUGGAUCUGUUGAAAGAAUUGUCAAACAUCCUGGGUUUUAUUUAUGAUGUUAAGCUAGUCCCUGAUGGCAAAUAUGGAGCCCAGAAUGACAAAGGAGAAUGGAAUGGGAUGGUGAAAGAACUCAUAGAUCACAAGGCUGACCUGGCGGUGGCUCCUCUAACCAUCACCUACGUGCGGGAGAAAGUCAUCGACUUCUCCAAACCAUUCAUGACCCUGGGCAUCAGCAUUCUCUACCGGAAACCCAAUGGUACCAACCCAGGCGUCUUCUCCUUCCUCAACCCCCUGUCUCCAGAUAUUUGGAUGUAUGUGCUCUUAGCCUGCUUGGGAGUCAGCUGUGUACUCUUUGUGAUAGCAAGGUUUACACCCUAUGAGUGGUAUAACCCCCACCCGUGCAACCCUGACUCAGAUGUGGUGGAAAACAAUUUUACUUUACUAAACAGUUUCUGGUUUGGAGUUGGAGCUCUCAUGCAGCAAGGAUCAGAGCUGAUGCCCAAAGCUCUAUCGACCAGAAUAGUUGGAGGGAUAUGGUGGUUUUUCACCCUAAUCAUCAUUUCAUCCUACACUGCCAAUCUGGCUGCCUUCUUGACAGUAGAGAGAAUGGAAUCCCCCAUAGAUUCAGCAGAUGAUCUGGCAAAGCAAACCAAGAUAGAAUAUGGGGCAGUCAGAGAUGGAUCAACGAUGACCUUCUUCAAGAAAUCAAAGAUAUCCACCUACGAGAAGAUGUGGGCUUUCAUGAGCAGCAGACAGCAGACCGCACUGAUAAAAAACAGUGAUGAGGGCAUCCAACGGGUGCUCACCACCGACUAUGCCCUGCUGAUGGAGUCCACCAGCAUUGAGUAUGUGACUCAGAGAAACUGCAACCUCACUCAGAUUGGGGGCCUCAUUGACUCCAAAGGUUAUGGAGUGGGAACGCCAAUUGGCUCUCCUUACCGAGAUAAAAUUACGAUUGCUAUUCUGCAACUGCAAGAAGAAGGGAAGUUGCACAUGAUGAAAGAGAAGUGGUGGCGUGGGAAUGGCUGCCCCGAGGAAGACAACAAAGAGGCCAGUGCUCUGGGAGUAGAAAAUAUUGGGGGCAUCUUCAUUGUUCUGGCUGCUGGACUGGUCCUUUCUGUAUUUGUAGCUAUUGGAGAAUUCAUAUACAAAUCACGGAAGAACAAUGAUAUUGAACAGAAAGGAAAGUCAUCAAGAAUUAGAUUUUAUUUUAGGAACAAAGUAAGGUUUCAUGGGAGAAAAAAACAAAGCCUUGGUGUAGAGAAGUGUCUCUCUUUCAAUGCCAUCAUGGAAGAACUGGGCAUCUCGCUCAAGAAUCAGAAAAAAAUAAAGAAAAAGUCAAGAACUAAGGGGAAAUCUUCCUUCACAAGUAUUCUUACUUGUCAUCAGAGACGGACUCAGAGAAAAGAGACUGUGGCAUGAUCCAAGAAAACACCUGUAGAAAGAAAAAGGAUAUGCUCACUAGAGAUUUUUGGAGAAAGGAUUUCUGAUGAGUGUGUGAUGUGUUUCCAUAUAUCUAUAUCCAUAACUCUGAUUAUGUAUACAGAUAUAAGAAAUGCAAAAGUUUAAAAAGCUCACAUAGAUAGCUCACUUCUCACUCGGGAAGUGACACCAGUUCCUUUGAAAUGAAUUUGUAUGCUCACUUAUUUUCCAUUUUCUCUUUUGCCCCAAUAAAUCGCUGUGUGUGCUUUCUAAAUAAUAAUAAAACAACAAGGUUUUCUUUUUUCCAGAA